CUGGGAGCAGAGGCAACAGUCAGACAGGAGUUCUGAGUUACAGGGGUAGGCAAAGACGAAAUAUAUUCACUACAGCUAUGAUGCAUAAGCUGGUAUUCUGCUGUCUCAUUAUUAUCAGCGUCUCCUGUCCUCUCUUGUCUCUCCCCAUCAUCAAUGCCAGCGAGAUGUCUUAUCAACUCUCAGCUGAUGAAGAUUCGAGAUUAAAUCUGGAACGGUUGGGCAACCUAGGAAGCACUUCCCUGCUUCAGUUUCUCCCAGAGCUCUUGGGCACACUGACUGAAGACAAGAAAGCAGGUCAUCGCUCCAGUAGCUACAACCCAAGGGAAAAUAUCAAAGACACUUUCUAUGGCAAUCAUCCUCGAAUUGCUUUGCUGGGCCGCUUCUUGACCAAGGACAGGAAACAGUACAAGAAACGUGGGAAUCUUUCCGAGUGCUUUUGGAAAUAUUGUGUGUAAACAGGAGAAGAAACUCUCCCUGACUUUGGUUGCAUAAUUUAUACAGAUGUCUGAAAACAUAUAUAUAAAUUUGCUUGAUUUAAAAUAAGAAUGAAGAAACAUGAAGACAGCUCCUAACUUUAGACUCUACACUACUUGGAAAUUAAUAAAUUCUUGAUGUUUUGCAA